GUGAAGAUCCCCAAAGUGCACAAACUUCGCCUGACCGGGGUGCCCUUGAGCACAGCAGACGUUGGCUUCUCAUCUUACAUUCCAAUCGCGUAACCACCACCGCUUCUCAAGUAUGCCGCCCUCCGCUCCUCCUCCCUCACCUUCACCCGUCACGCCAUGAGGCCCACAAUCGGACUUCUCGCCUCCGCAUGGCUGGUGAUCUUCUCGGCUAUCUCACUCGUCGCCGCCGACUCAUGCUGCGAUCAUGAUACUGGCUUCGACCCAGCGGCGGCGGCGAACAGAGCACAGCAGCAGGCGACUCACAGCUGGGAGUACGGAACGGUUGCCCAGGCACUUCUGGAGCUCUACAAUCCCAGGCUCUCCGUCUUCUCGCCUCAAGCGUUCCCGGCCGGAAAUCCCCCAGAUCCAGAUUCGCACCUUGUUCCGGCACUAGCAUUCGCGAAACGACAUAUUCGACUUUCAGACGAGACCCUCGUCGAUGGAGAUGGAGCUUCUGGUGAUCCAGCAUCUCUGGGCGUGUCGGCAGUCAUGAUCGGCCAGACAGAUCAAAAGUUCGCCGACGCGGCCACUCGUCAGUUCGAGCAUCUGAACAAGGUCCCCAAAUGGGAGAAUGGAGCCAUUUCGCAUCGAGAAGAUUACGCAGAGCUGUGGGCGGACUUUAUCUACAUGGCUCCUCCUUUCAUGGCGUAUCACGGUGUGGCAGUCGGCGACGUGGAAAUUGUCAAGAUGGCCAUCAUGCAAUGUCUCAAGUACAGGCAAGUACUACGGCCGAACGUCUCGAGUGUAGCGAUCAGCGCGGGGACAUGGCGGCACAUCAUUGGACCCAAGAAUGCGGAUCUCGGACUUUGGUCGACUGGAAACGGGUGGGCUGCUAUGGGCAUGGCUCGUGUAUUGGCCACAUUGUUGCACUGGCCAAAGACAGCCGUCGAAGCCGAUGCUCAAAUCGCGCAAGCAGACCUGUUUACAUGGAUUGGUGAGAUUCUUCAGGGCGCAAUGAGCUCGCCUAUGGAAGACGGUCUCCUGCGCAACUAUUUGAAUGACACGACCUGGUUCGGAGACCUCAGCGGAACGGCGUUGUUGACUGCGACUGUGUAUCGUGUCGCCGUAAUGCAAGAAGAGGCCAGUGCUCUCUUUAACGGACAGGCACAAAAGGUUCGAGACACACAUCCUGACAUCAAGAAGCCUGUCAACGAUGAGAUGCUCAAAUGGGCAGACGAGAAUCGCAAGACUGUUGCAAUGUACAUCCAGAGCAAUGGCAAAGCCAGUCCAGUCGUGAACCCGCUCGGUUGGAACGACGCCACUCCAUACACGAAGGGAAGCCCCGAAGGAGAAGCAUUUACCGUAAUGCUGUACGCUGCCUGGAGAGACUGUGUCAAAGCCGGAGCUUGUGAGCACUUCUUCUAUGAUGUGAGCAAGACUUACGGCCCUAACACCAGUCCAGACCGAUGA